UUAUAUUUUGGUUCGGUUUUGCCGAAUCUAAAUACAACUCGGUUCGGUUCAUUUUUGGUCAGAACCGAGAAAACUACUACUGCCUCCUUUAAUGGUUUUGUAGCUGCUACCUGCUAGACUUUUUCCCUCUUAGCUGUUGUACAUUUUUUAUGCUACAAUUUAAAUUGAUAAGGUAAAUAACUAAAUUGAUAAGGUACAUUUUGGUGGUUGGAUUUCGGAGUUGGAAUCUUCUUGUCUAUUGGGCGGUGCUGUUCUGCGGACGCGGCUACUGGAGGUCGGACAAGACUGGAGUAUGGACAAUGGUCGGUGGGAUGUCAUGGCGAGUGAGUGGUGGCGACCGGCGGAAGAGUAUGUGAAUGGGAGGCGGUGGCAAUUCGCGGUGGAAGUGGGAGAGAGACAGAUCGGAGAAGAUGGGAGACGCGCCGCGUCAGGUGGGACUCGACACUCACAGGUCAGGCCAUCGCCGACGGGGAGCGACGAGUCGCGGUGGGAGAAAUCGCCUAUUGGGAGAUCGAGUCAGGCUGAUGGGCGACGCCGCGACGGUGGUCUUUCUCUCCUUUCGAUUUCGGCUGGCGGCUGCUACUGGACAGUACUGUUAGGCUAGGGUUUUUUGUGCGAACUACGAAGAGAAAGAGAUACGACUAUGAGUGCGAGGCCGAGAGAUGAUUUGGGAAUUGGGUCGGGUUUCGGUUGUGACUUGUGAGGGAGUGGAUGUGUGCGAAAAUGGAGUUGGAUUGGGCCUAGGGCCACAUUUCGGAAUGGGCUCAGAGAGAGGGGAUGGACUCAGGCCUCAGAGUUAGUGGGCUGGGUUGGAAAUUCGGAAUUCGGUCGGCAAAUCGGAAGUUCGGUUCGGUUCAAACGAUGAUGAUUUCCGAAAUAUACGAUAUCCCAUUCU